AUGGGGUAUUGCUAUUUUUCCCUCUGUACUAGUUUCUCUGCACUAGGUACUGCUGGAUUUCUGCACUCUACACUGGUUACUGCUGAAUUUCUGCACUGGAUAGCUGCUGCCUCAAGGAAGUGCCCAACUGCUGGGGUUGCUUGUGUGGAAGGUCCAGAGAGAAGGAGCCAGGGAAGGAAAGUUUGUGAGAAGCAGAAUAAGAGUGAAUUAGAAGAAAAGCUAAAAGAAGCUGAAAAUGUCAUCAAAGAAUUGAGAGAAACUGCAACGCUUGAAGCCCAAGAGCAUUCUUCUGAGCUAUGGAAGCACAAAUCUGCCUUCAUUGAAGUUGUGACAAACCAACGGCAACUUGAAGCUGGAAUGGGCUGCGCACUUAGGAAAAUUGAAGCUACAAAACAAGAACUUGGAGUAGUAUUAGAGCAAAAGGAGGAGGCAGACUUGAUGGUUCAAAAACUAUCAAUGGAGAUGGUAAAAAUGCAUAAGGAUUUGGAGCAAAAAGAAAAAAUUCUGUCAGCAAUGCUUAGGAAGAACAAGCUGGAUACAACAGAGAAACACUUGCUUUUAAAGGAGGUUAAACUAUCAAAGGCUAAGAGAAAGCAAGCUGAAAUAGAAACUGAAAGGUGGAGGGCAGUAUCAGAGUCUAGACAUGAGAGGCAUUCAUUAAGAAGUAUGUUGACUAACCAAGUAAAUUCAAAAUUGGACUUUUACACAGGGGCAAGAGGGGUGCAUCAGCAUGCAACAGGAUCAUCAUACAAUGGAAAGACAAGAUCACAGCCAACUGAUCUUGUUCUUGAGUAUGGGCAUAUUGGACUUAAAAAGGACAGAAGGGAGCCAGAACUUUCUCCAAUCUUUGACUGCUACUCUCUGGAAGGAAAUGAGGCAUUGGCUAUGACAGCUGAUGUUAAGCAAUUGGAAAGUUGGGUACUGUCAGAAGCUGAGAAGUAUGCAACUUUAAUUGAGCAAAGGCAUCACUUAGAACUAGAUGCUUUUGCAGAACAAAUGAGAAUCAAAGAUGAGAAAUUAGAAACAUUUCGUUGGCAGUUGAUGAGCAUGGAACUAGAAUCAAAGCGGCUGCAGUCCCAUAUUGAGGGAAUGAAUGAGGAUGUCAUAGCUCAGACAUGAUAAUAUGAAAUUGGAAGCCUUGUUAUUGGAGAGAGAAGAAGAAUUAACUUCCUUAAAAGAGCAACUAGCAUCACAAUUGAAGGCCCUAAAUUGCCAAAAUACUAAUUUAAAUUGUUCUGUACAUAGUCCAGUAAUAUAGCCCAUGAGGCCAUUGGCUCUGAAGUUAUCAAUAAGAGAAAACAGAAUGAGAGAGAGCAAGAAACAAGGACUCCAAAUUCGGAGGAUUUGUGUCAAGAGGAAGAUGCUGAGAAAGAAGAAGGAAAAUCAUCCUUUAACCAGUCCAAGGAUGUAGGUUUA